AGGUCACAGCGCUGUUGUUGAGGUAGGCGAGUGGUCGUCAGCUCGCUUCGCGCGUUAUCUUAAUUACACAUUUAACACGAAUUUAAAGGCUCAAACCCACCUAUAAAACGAUCUCAUCGCUGUCGUAAAUUGUGUCUGUGGUCGCAGUCUGCGGCAGCGUCUCCCGUAAUAAUGGCGAGCGUUUUAAUGCAAAGAUUUCUCGGCGUGCCAAGGCUGUGUGGAGUGAGUGCUGUGGCAGGACGACAGCUGGUGUCUGGGCAUCUUGCCAUGAGCACUCUGCCCACCUACGAGACCCUGCGUCUCACCAAGCCCAAGGAGCAUGUGGUUCAAGUGGAGAUCAACAGACCGGAAAAACGCAAUGCCAUGAAUCAGGCGUUCUGGAGGGAGAUGGUGGAGUGUUUUAACCACAUAGCAGACGAUAAUGAAUGCCGUGCAGUGGUGGUGUCCGGGGCUGGGAAGGUGUUCUCAUCAGGCAUCGACCUGAUGGACAUGUCGGAGGCUUUGUUGUCGCCCAAGGGAGACGAUACGGCUAGAACCUCAUGGCACCUCAGAAAGUUCAUCCAGAGCUACCAGGAGACCUUCACUGUCAUUGAGAAGUGCACCAAGCCCGUCAUAGCUGCUAUUCAAGGCGCCUGUGUCGGUGGAGGUGUGGACAUGGUCACUGCCUGUGAUAUCCGUUUCUGCACUCAGGAUGCAUGGUUCCAAGUCAAGGAGGUGGACAUUGGCCUGGCAGCAGAUGUUGGAACCCUACAACGUCUGCCAAAAGUUAUCGGAAGUCGCAGCCUGGUCUGUGAUCUGGUGUACACGGGUCGCAAAAUGAUGUCGGAUGAGGCCAAGAGCAGUGGCUUAGUCAGCCGUGUGUUUCCUGACAAGGCCAGCUUGAUGGAGGCUGCCUUGCAGAUUGCCGAAGACAUCGCUAGCAAAAGUCCAGUAGCCGUGCAGGGCAGCAAAGUCAACCUCGUGUACUCACGUGACCACUCGGUCAGGGAGUCUUUGGAAUACAUGGCCACCUGGAACAUGGCCAUGCUACAGACAGAUGACAUAAUGAAAUCAGCAACGGCCGUUCUUCAAAAGAAAACCCCCAAAGAAACUGUUUUUUCCAAGCUGUGAUGUAAAUCUUUGGUUUGAGCCAAUCUACAAAGUGGGUCACACAAGAUGGGACUAUUGGUGGAAGAAAUGGAUAGUGUACUGCAAUGUAUAUAUAUUUUCAUCAAAAAGGCAACAAUAAAUUCUUUAUACGACUAAAACGUUCGAGUUAAAUUCUUACAAACAUGCCGAUAAUGUAAUUAUUGAGCCAGUUAAACUGUCUCACGAUUUGCACUCGUAUCGAUUUUCUGUGAUGUACUUCUCGUCAAUCAAAUUUAUUACAAUUUGAGAUGUGAUAACUUAAGACAUUGCAGAAAACGUAAUCAAAUCAUAUGGUCCAGUGUCGAUAAUGAUAUAAUGGCUUUUACAGGGCUAUUGGGAGAAGUGCUGCUCAUGAGAAAUUGUUUUGAGGGAUGAGAGAGCGAACAGCCUCAACUGUAGUUGUCCUUUGAUUUUCCACUGCAUGUACUGCAAACGGUCCUCAAUCUUUGCUGAACCAAUUUGAAUGAUCCUAUGGUAAAAAAAAAACUAUCAAAUGGUUGAUCAUGUGGGUGGUUUUGCCAAAAAAGUCUUCAAAUUUAUCACGAUUUAAAUGCAAGUGCAAUACACUCUUCGAAUGGUAAGAAAUGCCUUCAAUGAAAGCAGUAUAUCAGUCCUGUAAGUUGUCAGCCCCUUAUAUAUAUUAGUUUAUAUAGAAGCAGUGGGUGGAUAUGAUCAUUUAGUUUCUAGCCAGGUUUGAUUCUACGACCUUGGGUCACUUAAAUUGCCUGCACCAAUUUGUGAUUGGUCUGUGGCACUUGUACCUGCUGCAGAAACGUGGCGUUUUCACCAGCAGUGCAGAUAUGUGCUUUACCCCAAGGGAGGUUUUAUUUUAAAAAGUUAUAAUCGCCUACUGUUUUAUAGCAUGUUCAUGUACAGCUGACCUCCUACUGGACAUCUGUGCAACAGAGCUUCAUAGAUAAUCGGAUUUCUCCAAGAUAAAGAUUCUCAUCUGAUUCUGUAAAAAAAAUCCAUUGGCUGUAUCUUAACUAUAGUGGAUUGUUUAAACGUGUAUUAACUCUGCCUUAUGCAUGUAUGGUACACCAAAGUAAAAUUGUAGUUGGAAUAAUCAUACCUGUCCACCCAUACGGUUUACCCGUAUUCUUGUACAGGGAAAUUGACGGCGUGCAACCGUUUCAAUACGGGCAAAAACGUGUCGAUUUGUGUUUCUCCCUUGUGGAUGGGACUGUGUAGGAUGAACGUUGAGAUUUUUAAGGGCACGGGGUGACCAAUAAGGUCUGAACUGGUCUGUAUAAGGUAGGCACAGAUAAGAAUGACAGGUAUGGAAUAUUGUGGUGGAGAAUAGCAGGGAUGUUUCAAAACAUGAUAAUGGUUGUGCUUUAUAACGUGACCGCGUUUUUUGAUUGAAUAAUGUACUUAUGGAAAUACGUAGAUAUCAACGUUAUUUUGGAUAUCAAUUUUUCAUUGCCACAAACGUUGAAUUAAAACAUACAAUUUCCUGUG